GCGCGCGGUUAGUUAGCUAUUUAUGAUCCUCGCGCAGCUCUCACAGCUCAGAACAGAAAAGUUGUAGCACAAUAAUGAGCUAAACCGGACAUAAAGGACGCUAAAAGACACACGUUGGAUUUGCUUACACACAUUUUACAGCUAGCGGAGGAUCUCUGACUCGAUGUGAGAAGAAUAUUGAAGUUUGCACCGAUCCACAGAAUUCUUUAUCUUCAUCCCAAAUAAAAUGCGUACAGAGGAGGCAUCAAGCACGGUGCUACACAGACUGAUCCAGGAGCAGCUGCGUUAUGGAAACCCCACGGAUGCUCGCACCCUCCUGGCCAUCCAGCAGCAGGCCUUACGGAGCACGGUGAGCGGAGGAGCCGGAAGCCCACGCUCGUCUUCAGACAGCCUCACUCAGGAGGAACGUCAGGAACCACAGGGCCAAGAGCACCAUCUUGACUUCCAGCACACGGAAAUCUAUCCACCUUACCACCAUGAGCAGCUGCCCACGUACGAGCAAGCCAAAGCAAAUUCACAGCUUGUGGCUUCUCAGUGGUGUCAGGACAGGAGGAUUUACCCAGAGGAUGACAUGAAACAGAGUCACGCCAGGUCUCUCAGCGAGCGUCUCAUGCAGCUCUCGCUUCUACACAAAGACGUUAACGUGGAGUCUCUCUCCAUGAGCUCUUCGUGUAGCUACCCACAAAUAGCCGGGUAUCGACUUAGACAGCAUCAUUUGGGAUUUCAGUCUCAUACACACACUUCUGAUCAAACUCAUGAGUCUGACACUUUCUACCAGAAACCUCCACCACCGUUCCACUCCCAACACACCAGAAUCGUCCCGCCUGCGCCGUCACCCGAGGCGCCGCAUGCUUUCUGCAGUGCGCCCCCUGCUGGCAGGGAGGUCUCUCCACAAAUGGAGCUGCUGAUGAAGGAGAAUGAAAGACUGAAGCAGGAGCUGGAAGGCCAUGCAGAAAAGGCACUCAGGAUUCAGAAGCUGGAGCAGGAAAUCCAGAGGAUCUCUGAGGCCUAUGACACUUUAAUCCAAGGUUGUGUGAAGAGAGAAACACUCGAGCAGACGCUUAGGAGCAAACUGAUGGCCGAAAAUAAGAGGCUUCAAGACAUUAACACGGACCUGAGAGAAAGUCUAGAGAGCAGCAGCAUUCAGGCGGCGAAAGACGUGAAAACCGCUGACUACAACGAGCAAGUUAUCGCUAAACUCCGCAUGCAAAGUGAGGAGCAGAAGUUGCAGUGUGCACGGAUGGAGCGUGAGGUUCAGCUCCUGCGUGAGGAAAGGAACUCUGCGCAGGAGCGCGGCCGGCAGCUGCAAGCCGAGCUGAACAGGAAAAGCGCAUAUGUGGAGCGGGUGGAGCGUCUGCAGGGGGCGCUAGCUCAGCUGCAAACAACAUGCGAGAAGAGAGAGGGUCUGGAACAUCGACUGCGCACUCGUCUGGAAUCAGAGCUGCGCACACUCAGGAACCGACAGAGACAGACACAAACCUGUCCGGGAAUCUCGGCACCUUCAGCGAAUGUGAGCACCCUGUUAGAGCGCCUGAGGGAACGAGAGGAGCGGAUUUUGGCCCUGGAGGCCGACAUGACGCGCUGGGAGCAGAAAUACCUGGAGGAGAAAACCAUGCUGGAGUUUGCCAUGGACACGGCGGCCACCGCUGCAGCUCAGAGAGACACCAACAUCAUCAACAACCGCUCUCCCUGUCUGUCAUCUACAACCAGCUGCAGUGAGGAGCCUAGGGCUGAGAUUCAGAGCCAGGAAAUGGAGAACAGAAUCCAGGCUCUGUACGGGCAGAUCAUGGAGAAGGACGCCAUGAUUAACGUUCUACAGUAUCGACUCCAGCAGGAACAGGAGAAAGGUGAAGCGGACGAGGACGCGCCUCAGAACUGCGCCGCACGCUCUGACUCGAGCUCCUCCAACGAUAAAGGAAAGUGCAACACAGAGAAGACAGGAAUCAUGGCACGCUUUUCCCCCUUUGCUAAUGCGGUGUGUAAGACCAGGGGUCGGGCUCAGACCACCACACACACACCACCGGCAUCAGAACAACUUUGCAGUAGUCAGGAAAUCAGUAAGCAGAAGGCAGCGAAUCCAUUCGAAGGUCUGGACAGUGUGGAAGCUGAGGCAGUGGAAAUCUUCAUCUGAGCGCUGACAUAGUGCUGGAACUCCUCAGCGUCGAGGAAAUGAAACACGGAGGGACACUCGAGGUGUCCAGUCCAGAGGAUUCGAAGCUAAGCUUUCUUCCGGCUCGUGGACUUUUCUCUGAGCUCAAGCAGAUAUCAGAAGGAAAAAUAAUAGGGAAGGUUUAUGAAUGUGAAUCUAUUUGAGCAGAACUAGUGUUGUGUUGUGAUUCAGAGAAGACCCGACAUACAGAGAGAGACCGGAAUGGAGAAGUCAGUUCCGUAAAUCUGUGCAUAAAUAUGUGUGAGUCGUUAUUCACGCAUUAUGUCUCAUACUUUACAUCUUACCAGCCACAACUCACAGCUUCAGGCUUCAGCUGUACAAACUCAGGCAUCUUCUUAGCCCCGUUCGGCUCAUCAAGGCGCCUUAAAUGUUAAAAUGUUGAAAAUAUCUAACCAAUAGUUAUAAAAUGUUUAGCAGAAUAAGUUACAGCAACACCACCAUGUUUAUAAAUCCAAUUUAGGAAAAAAAUCUUCAAAAUUUUGACAAAUUUUCUCUUCAUGUAUUUAAGAAUGUUAUCUGGGUCUGUAUUUUAUUUGUCAGUCUUUGGACCGUUUUUCCUCUCGCUUCCUUUUUUUUCCCACAACACGAAGGUCGCUCUCGUCGCUGAUCUCACCACAUUGUUAUUCUUUUACAUUUUUUCUGGAGGCGGAAACUCUUGCGGUUUUUACAGCUCCACCUUUACCAUGCAUUCUUUUCAUUUUCUUUCUGUCAGGCUUCCUGAAGCUGGAGGAAAAACACAGCAGUGCACUCAUUUGUAACGAUUUUACAGAAGAUUUAAAGGAAAAAAAAAUUGUGGAAUUGUAAAUUAUUAUUAUUUACGAUAAUAAUUUUUAUAUAAUUAUUAUUAUUUUCCCUUUUUUUCCGUUGUACGACGCACCUGCUGGUCAGUGUGUCGUACUCACAACCACGACAAGCUGCGCUUUCUUCAUAUAUUUUGUUUACUACGUUGUAACAUAUGAUGUAAGAUUAAUAUAUUUGCUAUUUUAUAUUAGUGCAUUUAAUACUAAAACGGUUCUUUCCAACUCUUGUAAAAGAUGUGAACGUUCUGGAACAUUUCACACGUGUAAAAAGAACCAAAUAAAGGUGUUAAUAUAUUUAACUCUC